CCCCGCCCCCCCCGGCCCUGCGGCGCUGUUGCUCCUCCCCCCGCCUGGACGCCCCGCCCCCGGACAUGCGGGAGCUGCUGCAGCAGCGCCGCUGCAGUCUGAUUGGCUCCAGCUCAGCCAAUCAGAGCCCAGCCUCGGAGCCAGCCAAUCAGGACCAAGAGUGCGCAUCAGCUGACCCGGCCUUGGACCCGCCCCUGAGCCCCGCCCCCCGCCGGGCCCCGUCCCCCACGCCACGCCCCCCUCGGGACGACCCCCACCGCAAGGCCCGGACCCGGCUGAUGCGGCGGAGACCGACACAGGGAGUGACGCUGUCGCAGCUGCGUGAGGCGGAGCACGUGAUUGGCCGCGGUGGUGAGGGACGGGCUGUGGAGGAGCCAAUCAGAGAGGAGCAGAGGCGGGACCAGGAGGAGGAGGGGGCUGAGAUGCCCCCACAUUCGAUUAUUGGCAGGGCAGGAGUGACGCUGUCGCAGCUGCGUGAGGCGGAGCACGUGAUUGGCCGCGGUGGUGAGGGACGGGCUGUGGAGGAGCCAAUCAGAGAGGAGCAGAGGCGGGACCAGGAGGAGGAGGGGGCUGAGCCCCCCCGGGGCCCUGCCCCCACAUUCGAUUAUUGGCAGCCGCUGGAGGCGCUUUGGGGUCAGAGGCAGCGGCUCCGGGAGCGGCUGCAGGAGGCGGAGCUGGAGCUGAGCCAGCGGCGGCUGGAGCUGGAGCGCGUCACGCAGCGGCAGGAGCGGAUCAAGGAGCGCCCGGCGCUGCUGGAGCUGGAGCGAUUCGAGCGCCGGGCGCUGGAGCGGAAGGCGGCGGAGCUGGAGGAGGAGCUGAAGGCUUUGGCCGAUCUCCGCGCUGACAACGAGCGGCUCAAGGACGAGAACGCGGCGCUCAUCCGGGUCAUCAGCCGGCUGGCCAAGUGA